AUGGCCGCACCCCAGCCCACCGAGAGGCAGCAGCGCCUGGUCAAGGCCAUUGGCCAGAUCACCAACAAGCAGGUGGUGCCCGAGAUCGACUUCACCGUCCACACCACCGACGACGGCACCCAGGUCUCGACCCAGGAGCGCGUCAUCAAGGACGUGCAGGCGCCCGCGUUCCAGAAGCCCACCGACGAGCAGUUUUUCAGCGCAAAGGAUCCGUCCAAGCCCGACAUUGCCUUUCUCAAGAACCACUUUUACCGCGAGGGCAGGCUCACCGACGACCAGGCCAAGUUUAUCCUCACCCGCGCCACCGAGGUGCUGCGCCAGGAGCCCAACCUGCUCGAGGUCGAUGCGCCCAUCACCGUCUGCGGCGACAUCCACGGCCAGUACUUUGACCUGAUGAAGCUCUUCGAGGUGGGCGGCAACCCGGCAGAGACGCGCUACCUCUUCCUCGGCGACUACGUCGACCGCGGCUACUUUUCCAUCGAGUGCGUCCUCUACCUCUGGGCGCUCAAGAUCUGGUACCCCGACACCCUCUUCCUGCUGCGCGGCAAUCACGAGUGCCGCCACCUCACCGACUACUUCACCUUCAAGCUCGAGUGCAAGCACAAGUACUCGGAGGAGAUCUACGACCUGUGCAUGGAGUCGUUCUGCGCGCUGCCGCUGGCGGCCGUCAUGAACAAGCAGUUCCUCUGCAUCCACGGCGGCCUGUCGCCCGAGCUGCAGACGCUCGACGACCUGCGCAGCAUCAACCGCUUCCGCGAGCCGCCCACCCACGGCCUCAUGUGCGACAUCCUCUGGGCCGACCCGCUCGAGGACUUUGGCCAGGAAAAGACCAACGAGAGCUUCAUCCACAACCACGUCCGCGGCUGCUCGUACUUUUUCACCUACAACGCCGCGUGCCAGUUCCUCGAGCGCAACCAGCUCCUCUCGAUCAUCCGCGCCCACGAGGCCCAGGACGCCGGCUACCGCAUGUACCGCAAGACCAAGACGACGGGCUUCCCGUCGGUCAUGACGAUCUUUUCGGCGCCCAACUACCUCGACGUGUACAACAACAAGGCGGCGGUGCUGAAGUACGAGAACAACGUCAUGAACAUCCGCCAAUUUAACUGCACGCCGCAUCCCUACUGGCUGCCCAACUUUAUGGACGUCUUUACCUGGUCGCUGCCGUUUGUGGGCGAGAAGAUCACCGACAUGCUCAUCGCCAUCCUCAACAUCUGCAGCAAGGAGGAGCUCGAGGAGGAGGACGAGGAGGACGAGAUCCCCGUGACGCCGACGUCGACGUCGGAGGAGGAGGGGAGCGCCGAGCGGCGGGCCGUCAUCAAGAACAAGAUCCUGGCCGUGGGGCGCAUGUCGCGGGUGUUUGCGCUGCUGCGCGAGGAGGCGGAGCGGGUGUCGGAGCUCAAGGGCAGCCAGGCGACGGGCAAGCUGCCGUACGGCACGCUGGUGCUCGGGUCCGAGGGCAUCAAGGACGCCAUCGCCAACUUUGACGACGCGCGCAAGGUCGACAUUGAAAACGAGCGGCUGCCGCCGGACCUCAUCGACGCCGACGAGGCCGGGCCCGCGUCGCCCGCGGGAGAGGGCAGGGUGUCGUCGCCGUCGAUGGACGACUUUUCCGGAUCGAGCACCACGUCGCCGACGGCGUCACCCAAGACGCCCAGCUCGCCCAUGGCCGGCGGCCACCGGAGGGGCCACUCGAGAACUUCGUCGCUGGGCACGACGAUGUCGUCGCCGUCGAACCGGCGCCGUUCGCUCGAGUCGACGGUGUCCAUGAUCCGGGAAGCGCUCGAGGGGGGCGACGGCGCCGAGGACAAGUCGCUCGAGAAGCUGGCAAACGACAUUUCGUCGCCCUCUUCUCCGAGAAGUCGCAAGAUCGAGACGCUGCCCGAUGCCUGA